ACGCAGACGGAGGCGACACGCUCUCCCGUCAGUAGUAGUGCCGCCCCUUGGCUGGCGACCGGGCGCGCGUGCUUGUCUGUGUCUGUGACGUCCGUAGCGAACCCCGUUAGUUUGUACUGUGGUUGGUGCAGUGUGAGAAGAAGACAUUUAUUCGGUGCAUAAUAACUUCCGGUCAGGCUGUCAUGUGGGAAUAGGUCAUUCUAAGGGAACCAUGCUGACGUGCUGCUGAGGAUCAUGAUAGUAAGCGAUUUUGAGUGAGUCGAGCGAGUACUUCAGCUUAGCGCGAGCGAGAGAGAGAGAGGGAGACCAGCUGACGGGGGUAGCUGCCCUUACCGCAGUGUACCAGCGUCCUACACCCAGAAAUUGUUAUGCCACCACACACUGCCCUACACGCUAGCAUACUGAUGACAGCCGCCCAAACGCCAGGUCAGCAGUGCCAGUGGUGAAGCAGCAACAGCAACAGCAGGUGCACCACGUGUAGAGUGCACGAACCUCGUUAUCUCGUUCCCAGCCUGUCGUCAAGGAUGACAUGAUACCACGGCAGAGUCAAGAAUGGAAUGUUACCAAAAUGGCGGAACGUCGUCGUUACAGCUGUCCGCCACCAACCUGCCCCCACCGCUGACGCGCACCUCCCAGGCCUCCAGCAACCCCUCCUCCCGGCUCUCCUCGCCCCACGAUCCUUCGCAGCGGCUCUCGCCCCAGGACGCUAGCUCGCCCCUGUCGUUCCGCGAGAUCCCGCGCUGCCCCGGGAGUCAUGAGGCGUCUCCCCGCCUGUCGCCGCAGCGGGGCGCCGCGCGGCUGUCCUUCCACGAGGGCGCGCCCAUCAGGCUGUCGUCCCACGAGGGCGGCCCUCGCAUGUCCCCUCGGGAGUACUCGUCGCGCCUCUCGCACGAGUCGCUCCCCCGCCUGUCGCCCCACGAGCCGGUAGCUCGCCACCUGCCCCAUGCGCCGGGGACCCUGCAUCUCUCUCCCCACGAGCACGGGCGCCGCCUGUCUCCUCACGAAGGGCCGCCCCGCAUGUCCCCGCAGGAGCAGCACGCACACCGGAUGUCGCCUCACGACCCCUCCCCACACAUGUCGCCCCAGGAGCACGCGCACCGGUCGUCGCCCCAGGAGCACGCGUAUCGGAUGUCCUCCCAGGAGCACAUCCAUCGGAUGUCGCCCCAGGAGCACGCACACCGGGCGUCGCCCCGGGACUCGUCCUCCCGCCUGUCCUCCCGCGAGUCGUCGCCGCGCCAGUCGCCCCGGGACCAAAGCCCGCGCUCGUCCGUGCACGAAGCGGGCCCCCUCCUCCCUCCCCACGACCCCCUGCCGCGCCGCCUGUCCCGCGAGUCGGUGUCGCAGCUGCUGAUCCACGAGCCGCUGCCCCGCAUCGCCUCGCACGAGUGUGUCCCGCGCGUGGCGUCCCGCGAGUCCCCGGCCGGAGCGGCGCCCCACGAGCCCCGCUGCGGCCUCGUCCACUCGUCCAGCCGCUCCUCCGCUGCCUACCCUUCGUCGGACGGCCUCGCCAACCACCAGGCGACCCCGCACGCCAGCCCCGAGUCGCCCCGCCUCUCGCGGCGGGAGACCGACCUGUCCCUCAACCACGUGCGGCUGCAGGAGACGUACAUCAACGUGGAGACCCUAGAGGAGCGGGAGGCCGAGAAGCAGCUCUCGCAGGCGUGGAAGAGGAAACGAAGACGGUCCGUGGAAGCCACCAUACCCGAGUACCUGAAGUCAGCGCCGCUCAAGCGCGUCACUCACCAGCUGGAGGAGAGCGUCCUCCUCAACUUCCUCACUACCAUCACGGAGGCUGUCCUCACCUGCGUCAUCAGCGUGCCUCUCAGCCUCGCCUUGCUCCUGGCGUUGCCCUUCGCCGUCGUGGUCAAGGCCUUGGGCGCCCUGUGCCAGGCCUCCGGCUGCCGCGGCUGCAAGACGUGUCACCACGAGUAUCUAGCGCCCCACGACGCACAGUUCCUCUUGCAAGACAUUGAUAAUCAUUCAGUGAUCCACAGCGUCCUCAUCAUUGACGCAUCGAUGAACCUGAAGCGCAUCAAGCAGCUCCUCGCGUCCCGGGUGGUCGAAGCCAAGAACGGCGCCGGCGGACUCAUGUAUCCGCGCCUCACGCAGAUGGUGUCGCAGGUGCCGGGGGGGCCCGCCUGGGUGCAGGACCACAACUUCAACCUGCACAACCACGUGUUCUCGGGCCCCUCCAUAACCACGGAGGAAGCCCUCCAGAAGUACGUCAGUUCCCUCUUGUCGCAGCCGCUACCGCCGUCGCGGCCGCUGUGGGAAGUCAUCGUCCUGCAUGACUACGGACGGAGCCACGAUACGGUGCUGGUGUGCCGCCUCCACCAAUGCAUCUCCGACGGCAUGUCGCUGGUACGCGUGCUGUGCCAGUCCCUCUCCGACAACCAGAUCAUGCACAUCCCGCAGAAGCCUCAUUUCGGCGGCAUGACCUACGGCAUGAACCUGAUCAAGGCAGCGCUGGUGGGGCCGCUGACGACGCUCACGUGGCUGUGGUGGUGGCGGCCGGAGCUCAACCCCCUCACGGUGAAGCGAGGGGCGGCCAAGCCACGCCCGCGCGUCGCCCGGAGCGGCAGAGCGUCAUGCUGCGGCUGCAACCGCGAGAUCGCGUCCAGCAGCUCGAGCGACGGCGGCGCCUACACCGUGUGGGGCGAGGACGGCGGCGACGGCCAGCUGGUGCUGUGGUCGGCCGGCGUCUCCAUGAACCGGGUGGUGCGCAUCAAGCAGGUCACCAGGACGUGUCUCAACGACGUCCUCCUGGCCGCUCUCUCAGGGGCGCUCAGGGUCACCAUGCAGCGGCAGGGCGUGCUGCACCCGCCGGACCUCAAGGUGAACCUCUCCGUGGACCUGAGGAGCAACACGCUGCCCUUCACGAUCCCCCGGCUGGGCACGAAGGCCGCCGUGGUGCCCCUGUCGCUGCCGCUCUCGUGGGACGCCGCCAUCCCCCGCCUGUGGGAGGUGCGCGCCAGGAUGGAUGAGAUGAAGGCAUCAGCGGAUCCGGUCGUGUCUUACGGCUUGGUGUGGUGGGCGUACCGUCUCCUCCCUGGCUCGUGGGCGCGGGGCCUCCUUCAGCGCCUCCACCAGAGGAUGUCCCUGCAGUAUUCGUCACUUCCGGGCCCCACCACCUCGCUCCUCCUCGGCGGCUACACCGUGAAACAUAUUUACAACGUGUCCCCUCCCCGCGACCCAACGCCUGUGAGUGUGACCGUGCUGACCUACGCUGACCAAGUCCACGUGUCCGUCGCCGCGCGGAGGUCACUGCCCUCCGCUCUCGCCAUCACCAAGGGCAUCCUCGCCGAAUUCGAGAACCAGUGCCACCAGAUGGCCGACCUGCUCGCCAACCGCCGCAUCCCCGGAGAGCAGCGCAGGAGUCUCAUCUUCUCCCUCAGCGAACUGAACCACACGCAACCCAUCUCCGACUUGCAGGAGAAGCUGAGUCGCGUGCAGGCCGAGUUGCAGCGAGUGACGCAGCAAUAUGAAGCCGAAGCCCGGGCCAGCUACUCGGACCAUCCCUACCAGGACGACGACGGCGAGGCAGGCGAAGGCGACGAAGGGUCAGAGGCCAGUGCGGUGUCGUCGGACGCGGCUCUCAUCGGCGGGGGGGGCGCGAGUGUGACUAACCGGCCAAGGACGACCCCCACGAGCCGACACGAGCUGGCCACGAAAGUACAGAGCCUCAAGGACGAGUUCACGGACCUGCUGACGGAGAUACGGCGAAGGAAGAGCGUGACUGAGGGAGGGGGGGGCGUGGGCAUCGGCGUGCAGACGGAGUUCGAAGAAGACGACGGAGAGAUUCGCCGGCCGCGCAAGAGAGCCCUGUCCACGACCUCCACUUGGUCGUCCUCGUCUGGCCGCGAAGUCUCCUCAUGCAUGGCCCGCCCCCUGACCACGCCCACUCAGAUGGGCCCGCCUCUCCUUGCCCCAACGACACCCACCAUGCCCAUCAAGGGAGGAGGUCGCUCUUACUUGGUGACAGACAUACCCUGAAGGAUAUGGUCGAGUUUGACUUUGUUAAAUGUCCCCCCCUUUUUUCCCCUUCUGUUCUGUAUAUAGGGAUGCAUCCUUUGGGUAUUUUGUUGGGAGAACCUUUUGAAAAAUUAGUCUUCCACAGGGCCAACUUGAAGACAGACUAAUAAGAUUCGUUUUGUUAAUUGUUUUAGGGUACCUUUUUUAUUAUUGAUAUAUGUAUAAUAUGUUAUGCUUUGAAAAACGUAAUAUUACAUUGAAUAACUGUUUGGUUGUAUAUGAUGUUGACUGUUAACAGUUUUUUAAUUGGAGUGUGUUACAGUUGAUGAUAAUUUACAUGUAAAUUGUGUAUGUAAUCUAGAUGGAUUUAUUUCCAUUUUAAAGCCUUUAUAUGAAAUAAAACUAUUUAAUCAUAACAAAGCACAGGGCAGAUGUUAUGUAUAGUAUAUGUAUAAUAAUUUACCAUUCCCUUUUCAAGUAUUUGUUGAGAUCUUUUUGUGAAAACAAGGAUUUUUGAAAAUAUGAAUACUAUAAAUGUAUAUUUUUUCAAAAUGUAUAUCCACUAAUAUUAUUCAAUUUUUCAAAAAAAAUUAUAGUCAAGUACAUGUUUAAUGUUUAUUCCAUAACUGAAUAAAUUGAAGGAGGAAAAUUGACAUGAGCAUAAUAUUCAACACAGAGAAAACAUAACUUAUAAAUUUAUCCAUUUGGUUUAAUCCACAACUGACCAUUGUGUCACUAUAUAGUUUGCAUAAGAAUUAUUAAAUAUAUUAGCUUGGGCAUAAAGAGUUCUGAGUCAUCAAAAGACAAGAGAAAAUAUAUUGUUUUUGAAAUAGGUCAGUGCACUGUGGUAUUUGUUAUUUUUAUUAUUAUUAUGAAUCAAUGCAUUAACUUAAAUAAUGACGAGCAUAUGUUUAGAAAUCAGUCCAAAUGAAACCAGCAUAAUCAUAAUUUGGUGCUAUUUUACCCAUCCAUUUCAAAAUACUGAAUCCCAUGGGCCUAUAUUGGGAUAUGAGGAAAAACAUUAUCCUGUAGAUUCUUACAUGAAGAAAGCUGUUUCUCAAACAAAUAGAAGAUCAACAAAAAAAAAAUAAUAACACCUUGGUAAGAUCAUUACCUUGUCUUUAAAACAGGAUUGUUACUUAUGUCAAAUUUAGAAGCAGAUUCACUUCUCUGAUUAACUUAGGUUGCUUCAGAAUGUAUUUCCAUUG